GAAUAAUUACUUCCGGUUUCCACUGAACGCAAGCUUGUUGUUAGCCGGUCAGCUAGCUAGCCAAUUCUUCUACUUUCACAGAAUAUUUGCUCUAAAAAUACAAAAACAGACGCGUGGAUUCACCAAAAAGGUAAACCGUUACGUUGAAAAUGAAGUAUUCCAUAAAUAUAUAUGUCCCUGCUGGGCUUUACCGCGGCAACAUUUGCUAACGCCGGCUAGGUAGCUAGCUUAACCUAUUUGUUGGAAAGCGCUAGCUAGUCAACGUGAGCGACGCAUUAACUAGCUAAAUUAUCUACACAAAAUACCGCUAUCUUCUUUAAAUACACAUGUUAACUAGCUAAUUAAUCCAUAAAUUAUAGACCGCUAAAGUUGGCUUUCUGCAAAGACCGAGUACUAGCCUCUGAAAAGAGAUUAGCUAGCUAGCUACAUUGCUUACUUGCUUGCCAUGUCUAGCCAAGAAAGUACGGUAAUUAACUUGCUAGUUAUGUGAGCUAUCAGGUGAUGACAUAUACCUUUGACACACAAUUACAGAGUAACUCUUCUUUACAGUACACGUCAUCAUGGCAGCUGGUGCCGAUGUGAGAGAUAUUCUGGAGUUGGCCGGAGGGGACAAUGAUGGGCCGAUCAGUAAGAAGGAUUUCAUAAACUCAGAGAAGGUAAGAAUGAUGCCCUCUGCUGAGGACCUGUCUGUUGAUGGUUUGUGAGAGUGGCUUGUGUGGAACAACUUUGUGUCCAACUGUCCAUUGUUGAGUUUCAUUAGCACAAGCCUAUCAACUGACAGUCUAUAGUUUACAUCUAAAUUGCACAGGUGAUGAUCUGCAUGCACACUCACCUUUAAUCCCCCCAUUACAGAAAAAGGCCAAGAAAACGACCGAAACGUUGACCUUCAAGAGACCAGAGGGGAUGCACAGAGAGGUGUAUGCCCUGCUCUACUCAGACAAAAAGUAGGAACCCUGUUUGACCCAAACUCUCUCUGUCUGGCUGCCCUGCCUCUUGGGCUGAGUAUUAACUAUAGCCUCCAUAAUACUCCAUUCUUUUACUUUUAGAUGUGUGUGUGUGUGUGUGUAUGGUUGUGAAUUGCACUGUUGGAGCUAGGAAGACAAGCAUUUUGCUACACCCGCAGUAACAUCUGCUAAAUACACUACCAUUCAAAAGUUUGGACACACUCUCAAGCGGAUACACUCUAGUAAACCCAUUACCCUUUUCUACCACUUCUCCUUUGUGAUAGCACAUGGGUGCACCAUGUUCACCAUUGAAUUGUUUGACAUUCUGUACAUUUUACAUUUUAGUCAUUUAGCAGACGCUCUUAUCCAGAGCGACUUACAGUUAGUGAGUGCAUACAUUUUCAUACUGGCCCCCCUGUGGGAAACGAACCCACAACCCUGGCGUUGCAAGCGCCAUGCUCUACCAACUGAGCUACAGGGGACUAUUGUCUCUGCACCAAGCAGGGGAAUCACAAACACAUAGCAAACUAUACACACGCACAGUACCAGUCAAAAGUUUGGACACACCUACUCAUUCAAGGGUUUUUCUUUAUUUUUACUAUUUUCUACAUUGUAGAAUAAUAUUGAAGACAUCAAAACUAUGAAAAAAAACAUAUGGAAUCAUGUAGUAACCAAAAAAGUGUUAAACAAAUCAAAAUAUAUUUUAUAUUUGAGAUUCUUCAAAUAGCCACCAUUUGCCUUGAUGACGGCUUUGCACACGCUUGGCAUUCUCUCAACCAGCUUCAUGAGGAAGUCACCUGGAAUGCAUUUCAAUUAACAGGUGUGCCUUGUUAAAAGUUAAUUUGUGGAAUUUAUUUCCUUCUUAAUGCAUUUGAGCCAAUCAGUUGUGUUGUGACAAGGUAUACAGAAGAUAACCCUAUUUGGUAAAAGACCCAAGUCCAUAUUAUGGCAAGAACAGCUCAAAUAAGCAAAGAGAAAUGACAGGCCAUCAUUACUUUAAGACAUGAAGGUCAGUCAAUACGGAACAUUUCAAGAACUUUGAAAGUUUCUUCAAGUGCAGUCGCAAAAACCAUCAAGUGCUAUGAUGAAACUGGCUCUCAUGAGGACCACCGCAGGAAUGGAAGACCCAGAGUUACCUCUGCUGCAGAGGAUAAGUUCAUUAGAGUUACCAGCUUCAGACAUUGCAGCCCAAAUAAAUGGUUCACGGCGUUCAAGUCACAGACACAUCUCAACAUAAACUGUUCAGAGGGGACUGUGUGAAUCAGGCCUUCAUGGUAGAAUUGCAGCAAAGAAACCACUACUAAAGGACACCAAUAAGAAGAAGAGACCUGCUUGGGCCAAGAAACACGAGCAAUGGACAUUAGACCGGUGGAAAUCUGUCCUUGGGUCUGGAGUCCAAAUUGGCGAUUUUUGGUUCCAACCGCCGUGAGACGUGGUGAGGGUGAACGGAUGAUCUCCACAUGUGUAGUUCCCACCGUAAAGUAUGGAGGAGGAGGUGUUAUGGUGUGGGGGUGCUUUGCUGGUGACACUGUCUGUGAUUAAUUUAGAAUUCAAGGCACACUUAACCAGCAUGGCUCUCACAGCAUUCUGCAGCGAUACGCCAUCCCAUCUGGUUUGGGCUUAGUGGGACGAUCUAACACACCUCCAGGCUGUUUAAGGGCUAUUUUACCAAGAAGGAGAGUGAUGGAGUGUUGCAUCAGAUGACCUGGCCUCCACAAUUACCCGACCUCGACCCAUUUGAGAUGGUUUGGUAUGAGUCGGACAGCAGAGUGAAGGAAAAGCAGCCAACAAGUGCUAAGCGUAUAUGGGAACUCCUUCAAGACUGUUGGAAAAGCAUUCCAGGUGAAGCUGGUUGAGAGAAUGCCAAGAGUGUGCAAAGCUGCCAUCAAGGCAAAGGGUGGCUAUUUGAAGAAUCUCAAAUUUAAAAUAACAUUUGAUUUGUUUAACACUUUUUUGGUUACUACGUGAUUCCAUAUGUGUAAUUUCAUAGUUUUGAUGUCUUCACUAUUAUUCUACAGUGUAGAAAAUAGUAAAAAGAAAAACCCUUGAAUGAGUAGGUGUGUCCAAACCUUUGACUGUAUGUGUGUGACCAAUAAGAUUUGAUUUACUUGAACACUGAUCUCACAUAAAAUUGUAUUUACUUGUAAUUUAAUUUCUUUAUCGCUGCGUUAAUAGGGCGUGUCAUUGAAUUAGUAUUCUGACCACCACCUGUCUCUCAGCAGAGAUGCUCCCCCCCUGCUGCCCAGUGACACCACUCAGGGCUACCGGACAGUUAAAGCCAAGUUGGGCUGUAAGCGGGUUCGACCCUGGAAAUGGAUGCCCUUCACCAACCCAGCCCGCCGAGACGGAGCCGUCUUCCACCACUGGAGACGCAUGGCAGAGGAAGGCAAGGACUACCCCUUUGCCCGCUUCAACAAGGUAAUGAGAUAAUGGUUUCUCUCUCUGCUGUCAGUCAUUGUUUUUAUCUCUUCAUUGUUCUCUAUAUCACUGUUGGUCUCUCUCUCUCUGUGACCACCCGUCUCGCUCUCUUUCAAUUCAAAGGGGCUUCAUUGCCAAUGCAAUUGCAAAAAUCUUUCUCCGUCUCCCCCACUCUAGGCAGUGCAGGUGCCAGUGUACUCGGAGCAGGAGUACCAGAUGUAUCUCCAUGACGACGGCUGGACCAAGGCGGAGACGGACCACCUGUUUGACCUGUGCAAGCGCUUUGACCUGCGCUUCAUCGUCGUCCACGACCGCUACGACCAUCAGCAAUACAGAGUGAGGAGGCUAUCUAUGUCUGACAUUACACACACAUCCUACAUACAGUGCCUUUGGAAAGGAUUCACACCCCUUGACUUUUUCCACAUUUCAUUUGGUUACAGCCUUAUUCUAAAAUUGAUUAAAUUGUUUUUUCCCCCUCUCAAUCUACACACAAUACCCCAUAAUGACAAAGCAAAAAACAGGUUUUUAUAAAUGGUUGCUAAUUUUAAAAAAUGGAAAAAUAACAUUUAUAUAAGUAUUCAGACCCUUUAAUUGUUGAAGCACCUUUGGCACCGAUUACAGCCUCAAGUCUUCUUGGGUAUGACGCUACAAGCUUUGCACACCUGUAUUUGGGGAGUUUCUCCCAUUCUUUGCAGAUCCUCUCAAGCUCUGUCAGGUUGGAUGGGGAGCGUUGCUGCACAGCUAUUUUCAGGUCUCUCCAGAGAUGUUCGAUCGGGUUCAAGUCCGGGCUCUGGCUGGGCUACUCAAGGACAUUCAGAGACUUGUCCCGAAGCCACUCCUGCGUUGUCUUGGCUGUGUGCUUAGGGUUGUUGUCCUGUUGGAAGGUAAACCUUCGCCCCAGUCUGAGGUCCUGAGCUCUCUGGAGCAGGUUUGCGUCAAGGAUCUCUCUGUACUUUGCUCCGUUCAUCUUUGCCUCGAUCCUGACUAGUCUCUCAGUCCCAGCCGCUGAAAAACAUCCCCACAGCAUGAUGCUGCCACCACCAUGCUUCACCGUAGGGAUGGUGCCAGGUUUCCUCCAGACGUGACACUUGAAAUUCAUGCCAAAGAGUUAAAUCUUGGUUUCAUCAGACCAGAGAAUCUUGUUUCUCAUGGUCUGAGAGUCUUACAUUUACAUUUUAGUCAUUUAGCAGACGCUCUUAUCCAGAGCGACUUACAGUUAGCGAGUGCAUACAUUAUUAUUAUUUUAUUUUUUAAUUUUUUUAUGCUGGCCCCCCGUGGGAAUCGAACCCACAACCCUGGCGUUGCAAACGCCAUGCUCUACCAACUGAGCUACAUCCCUGCCGGCCAUUCCCUCCCCUACCCUGGACGACGCUGGGCCAAUUGUGCGCCGCCCCAUGGGUCUCCUGGUCGCGGCCGGCCAUGACAGAGCCUGGUCUUUAGGUGCCUUUUACUGAGGAGUGGCUUCCGUCUGGCCACUCUACCAUAAAGGCCUGAUUGGUGGAGUGGUGCAGAGAUGGUUGUCCUUCUGGAAGGUUCUCCCAUCUCAACAGAGGAACUGUAGAGCUCUGUCAGAAUGACCAUCGGGUUCUUGGUCACCUCCCUGACCAAGGCCCUUCUCCCCCGAUUGCUCAGUUUGGCCGGGCGGCCAGCUCUAGGAAGAGUCUUGGUGGUUCCAAACUUCUUCCAUUUAAGAAUGAUGGAGGCCACUGUGUUCUUGGGGACCUUCAAUGCUGCAGAAAUAUUUUGGUACCCUUCCCCAGAUCUGUGCCUUGACACAAUCCUACCUCGGAGCUCUACGGACAAUUCCUUCGACCUCAUGGCUUGGUUUUUGCUCUGACAUGCACUGUCAACUGUGGGACCUUAUCAAUUGAAUUUACCGCAGGUGGACUCCAAGGAGAAUCAAUGGAAACAGGAUGCACCUGAGAUCAAUUUCGAGUCUCAUAGCAAAGGGUCUGAAUACUUAUGUAAAUAAGGUAUUUCUGUUUUUUAUUUUUAAUAAAUGUGCAAACAUUUCUAAAACCUGUUUUCGCUUUGUCAUUACGGGGUAUUGUGUGUAGAUUGAUGAGGAUUACAAUUUUUUUCCCAUCCAUUUUAGAAUAAGGCUGUAACAUAACAACAUUUGGAAAAAGUCAAGGGGUCUGAAUACUUUCCGAAUACACUGUACAUCAUUUGAAUCCACAAAUCAGAAUCCAGAAAAGGAAUCAAAUAUUUCAAAACAUUUAGAUUGGAAUAUUGGAUUUUUUUAGAGGCAAAUAUUUGAUUGUGAUACUUCAUCGUGAAAUAUGUCUUCCCAUGAUAAUUGUACGUGCUGGAAACAUUUCUCUAUGUGUGCUUUCAGAAACGGUCAACAGAGGACCUGAAGGAACGUUACUACAACAUUUGCGGUAAGCUGACCAAGGUCCGCGCUGCAACGGGGACAGAGCCCAAGAUGUACGUAUUUGACGCGGGUCACGAGAGGCGCAGGAAAGAGCAGCUGGAGAGAUUAUUCAACCGCACGCCUGAUCAGGUUAGCAGCACCGCCCCAAAGACAAUUCCACUGUUAGUGUGGGAUAGUGCAAGAUAAUUGUUUUCUACUUACCCAGAGUCAGAAGAAAUCAUGGUUCCCAUUUUAUGUCUCUGCGUGCAGUUUGAAGGAAGUUGAAAGUAGAUUUGCGAGCCAUUGCUAACUAGCGUUAGCGCAAAUACUGGAAGUCUAAGGGUACAGCUACUGCGCGAACGCUACUUAGCAAUUUCAUGGUUAGCAUGAGGUCGUCUGACUCUGGGUUAAAGUAGAAAAAGGGCUUAAUUGCCAAAAUCUCACACUAUCCCUUUAAGGUGCAAUUACUUUCAGCCUUCGAUUCCUAUGAUGUAUCUGGUGUCUAACUCCUGGACGGAGUUCGGCAGGGUCGUGGGUUCGAUUCUCACUGGGAUCGCAUAACCUAAGACAGUAUACACUCACUAUUGUAAGUCGAUUUGGACAGAAGGACGGCUAUAUGGCAUAGGCCUACAUUAUUUAAUUUUAAUUAAAAAAAUGUUGGGGGGGUUGUUUUUAUCAGUGCCAAUCAAACGAGAUAGCAGUCACAUGAUUACCACAGCAACAAAACAUGAGCAAGAAGUGGGGGUUGAAACAGGAGUUAAAGAUGCUACAGUACCUAACCCAGGUGUUUGAUGGUGGACAUGUCAUUUGACCAGCCCACUAGUUUUUGUAGCUGCGCCAUGCAGCUUAGCCAGAAAAAUAACGUCCAGAAAGUAUGUUCUUCAAUACAUUUUUAUAGAAGUAUUUGGAUCAAACCACUUUUUUAAUUGCCUUUUUGGUGGCAGUUAGGGCACACAUGAACAAUUUCAUUCGAAUACAAUACAAUGUUAGAAGUAUUUCCUAGUAGAAACAGACCAGGUGAUAUAGGUAGAUUUGCAUCUAUCAAGCUGUGAAGGUAUUUAAUGUAUGUCCAGAGGUCAGAGACCAUUAUAUAAUUGGGAAUGCAUUCUGCUGUUUUAAUCCGGCGCUCACAUUGCACUUCCCCGUUUUGCCCUGAAGGUGGCAGAAGAGGAGUAUCUGAUGCAGGAGCUGCGGAAGAUGGAGAGCAGGAAAAAGGAUCGUGAGAAGAAGGCCCAGGACCUGCAGAAGCUCAUCACAGCAGCAGACACCAACACAGAGAUGAGACGCGCCGAGCGCAAGGCCACCAAGAAGAAGCUCCCGCUGAAACGAGAGAUGGAGAAACCGGUAUACACACACAAAAACACUCUCCCUUUCGCCCAAUCUCUUAAUAAGGAACCUGAUGCCACCCUGCUUGUUAGUUUGUCUUGUCUCUGUGCUCACCUCUGCUGUCUCCCUGUCUGUCCACAACCAGACUGUUCCUGAGACGGCAGGCAUCAAAUUCCCUGACUUCAAAUCAGCUGGAGUCACGCUACGCAGCCAGAGGGUAAGCAUGGCCAUACACUACAACUAUCAGUCACACAUUAUCUGUAUAGGAAUUGUAUAUGGGUUUGCUUAGAUGGUUCCCCCUUCAUUUUAAAAGGAUCACUUACUGGUCUAGUAUGGUCUCAUACUGUAGCAUGUGAUGUAUGCUCAUGGUUUGACCUGGCUCUGUCCCUCAAAUGGCACCCUAUUCCCAAUGUAGUGCACUACUAAAAAGUAGUGCACUACAUAGUAAAUAGUAGUGAUGGGGUAAAAAAAUCGACACCGUUAUAUAUCGCAAUUUUAUUUUUGGACAAUAUAAAUACGUUUGAGAUUUUUUGCUAGAUAGCGUUAGCUAGCGCUAGUCGGCUGUACCUGCGCCAAAACUCCGGUAUUUUUCAUCCUAUAGUUUGUUCUCCAUCUUCUUUUUAAAUAGUGAGCCAACAUGUUUUCAGAACUUUUUUUUUCCAUGACUGAUCAAAACUUGUUUUCUCAUGCGCUCUCUUGUCUCGCUGCAGCAGACAUAUAGUGAACAAUGUGUUUGGGGACAUCGAAUCGCAAUAAAAUCGCAGUAUCGAAUCGCAAUACAUAUAGAAUCGCAAUACAUAUCGUAUCAGCACCUAAGUAUGGUGAUAAUAUCAUAUUGUGAGGUCCCUGGCAAUUCCCAGCCCUAGUGAAUAGGGGGACAUUUGGGACACAGCCCUUGCUCUCAUUAGCAAAACCAUGAUUUAUGCCAUUUAGCGGCACGCUAAUAUCUAUAAGACGUACCAGAGGGUGCCUAUAAGACGUACCAGAGGGUGCCUAUAAGACGUACCAGAGGGUGCCUAUAAGACGUACCAGAGGGUGCCUAUAAGACGUACCAGAGGGUGCCUAUAAGACGUACCAGAGGGUGCCUAUAAGACGUACCAGAGGGUGCCUAUAAGACGUACCAGAGGGUGCCUAUAAGACGUACCAGAGGGUGCCUAUAAGACGUACCAGAGGGUGCUUAUUCAUCUCCAUGGCUGAUGGGGAGCUGUUGCUCUCUAUGGAAAAUGAAUUGGGGGUAAAGGAGUGGAGUGCUCCACAGAUAAUCUGUCAGACUCGGGCAGAUGAAGACAUUUUGAUUGGCCCCGCUGAAGUGCAUUUCAAACGAAUGAACCGUCAGAGGUGAGGACGUUUAUCGCCAUUCACCCUGACGUAUUAUUUUCUGUGCGUGUGUGUUACAGAUGAAGCUGCCGAGCUCGGUAGGCCAGAAGAAGAUCAAGGCCAUUGACCAGAUCCUGACAGAGAGGGAAGUGGGUGAGUUCAGUUAGUCAUAAUACCUACCAGCAUAAAUGUUACAAAAAGCAAACCAAGGCACUCUCUGACUCACACAAACACUAUAGUAACAACCAGACCUGGGUUCAAAUAUAUGUGUAUUAUUUGUUAUUGAAAUACUUUCUGUGUAUUAGAGUAUUUUCAAAUAAUGUGGCCCAAUUCAACUACUUCUGUUAGAAGUAUUUUCAAAUAGUUAUUUCCAAAUACAUUAUUUCAAAUACCAAACCGGCCUGGGUUAAAAGCAUGGGAGUGUGUUUGAGUCAGUGUAUUUGAGUAUUUUCAAAUACAUGCAAAUACUUUCUAAGUGUAUUUCCAAAAACAGUGUAUUUUCUUCAAAUAAAUAAUAUUGAAAUACUUACUUCCAAAUGACUUUCAAAGUAAUUGAAAUACCUAAAUACACUAAACAAAAAUAUAAACGCAAUAUGCAACAAUUUCAAUGAUUUUACUGAGUUAUUGUUCAGAUAAGGAAAUCAGUCAAUUGAAAUAAAUUCAUUAGGCCCUAAUCUAUGGAUUUCACAUGACUAGGAAUACAGAUAUGCAUCUGUUUGUCACAGAUACCUUUAAAAAAAGGUAGGGGCGUUGAUCAGAAAACCAGUCAGAAUCUGGUAUGACAACCAUUUGCUUCAUGGAGCACGACACAUCUCCUUUGCAUAGAGUUGAUCAAGUUGUUGAUUGUGGCCUUUGGAAUGUUGUCCCACUCUUCUUCAAUGGCUGUGCGAAGUUGCUGGAUAUUGGCGCGAACUGGAACACGCUGUCGUACACGUCGAUCCAGAGCAUGUCUGGUGAGUAUGCAGGACAUGGAAGAACUGGGACAUUUUCAGCUUCCAGGAAUUGUGUACAGAUUCUUGCAACAUGGGGCCGUGCAUCAUGCUGAAACAUAAGGUGAUGGCGGCGGAUGAAUGGCACGACAAUGGGCCUCAGGAUCUCGUCACGGUAUCUCUGUGCAUUCAAAUGGCCAUCGAUAAAAUCAAAUUGUGUUCGUUGUCCAUAGCUUAUGCCUGCCCAUACCAUAACCCCACCGCCACCAUGGGGCACUCUGUUCACAACGUUGACAUCAGCAAACUGCUCGCCCGGUACAAUUGAAACCAGGAUUAAUCCGUGAAGAGCAGACUUUUCCAGCAUGCCAGUGGCCAUCAAAGGUGAGCAUUUUCCCACUGAAGUCGGUUACGACGAUGACGAACUGCAGUCAGGUCAAGACCCUGGUGAGGAUGACGAGCACGUAGAUGAGCUUCCCUGAGACGGUUUCUGACAGUUUGUGCAGAAAUUCUUUGGUUGUGCAAACCCACAGUUUCAUCAGCUGUCCGGGUGGCUGGUCUCAGAUGAUCCCACUGGUGAAGAAGCUGGAUGUGGAGGUCCUGGGCUGGCGUGGUCUGCGAUUGAGGCCAGUUGGACGUACUGCCAAAUUCAAAAAUGACGUUGGAGUCGGCUUAUGGUAGAGAAAUUAACAUUUCAAUUAUCUGGCAACAGCUCUGGUGGACAUUCCUGCAGUCAGCACGAUCCUUCAAGUGGCCUUUUCUUAUCCCCAGCUCAAGGUGCACCUGUGUAAUGAUCAUACUGUUUAAUCCGCUUCUUGAUAUGCCACACCUGUCAGGUGGAUGGAUUAUAUUGGUAAAGGAGAAAUGCUCACUAACAGGGAUGUAAACAAAUUUGUUACCAACAUUUGAGAGAAAUAAGCUUUUUGUGCGUAUGAAAACUGUAUGCAAUCUUUUAUUUCUUAUUUAUUUUAUAUAUUUUAUGAAAUGUGGGACCAACACUUUACAUUUGUCAUUUAGCAGAUGUUCUUAUCCAGAGUGACUUACAGUUAGUGAGUGCAUACAUUUUUCAUACUGGCCCCCCGUGGGAAUCGAACCCACAACCCUGGCGUUGCAAGCGCCAUGCUCUACCAACUGAGCUACAUGUUGAGGCCUGAGCUACAUGUUGCGUUUUAAUAUUUUUGUUCAGUAUUUAAACCCAGGUCUGGUAAUAACAUCUACCAUUCCAAUCUGAAUAGAGCAAACACAGACCAAGGCACUCUGUCUAGGUAGUUGGAUUUAAAAAGCCUUUAAGUUGAUUUGUCCAUGUAGGUUAAGUAAAACAAGGCAAACCAUUUAGUUACUGCCAAUGCAUUGUGGUUCCACACAACCUUCACCAGGGCCUCAUAAAGUGGUGUGUGUAAAUCCUCUUUCCCUACCCUGCUCUCUCUGUGUAGACCUGAACCCUAUGCCCACGGAGGAGAUAGUCCAGAUGUUCAAUGAGCUGCGCAGUGACCUGGUGCUGGUCUAUGAGCUGAAGCAGGCCCACGGUAACUGUGAGUACGAACAACAGAUGCUACGCCACCGUUACGAGGCCCUGCUGAAGGCUGGAGGAGGAGGAGGGGGGGUCCCCGUCGGGCCCCCAGGAGGAGGAGGACUAGAAGCCCCUGGGGGCCCCGAGGUGCCCGCCUGGCCCGGCCCAGACGACAUCAAGGGCGAGGCCAAGGAGCAGAUCAUCGACGUGGUGGGAGCUCCGCUCACCCCCAACUCAGUAAGUAUCUCAGUCCACCCCACUCACACAAACCAUUAGGUACCAAACGGAAUUAAACAGACUGACACGGGAGGGACUACCUGAACUUGUCCAAUAAGAAAUGCCUGUUUUUGUUGUCCGUUGCAAUACGUUUUGAUAGUGUAUCCUAAUGAAUAAGACCCUGCUGUCUAACAGGAGUUAGCUGAAUAAAACUUGUCAAAGAGAAUACAUUUAGGAAAUGUUGCAAUGGGCACAGUCCUUAGUAUUCUCUCAUAGUUGCAUGUGAAAUUAGGCAGGCUUAUAUAUGUUCUGGACCAAUGGCUGACAGCCUUUGGUGCAUUUCUUUGUGUCUUUCCAGCGUAAACGCAGAGAAUCCGCAUCCAGCUCCUCGUCCAUCAAGAAGGUGAAGAAGCCGUAACGUGGACGUCAAGCCUUGGUGUUUUAUGGGACUGUGUAGGAGAGGAGAGUGGAUGAGGUCACAGCCACCCUGGCCUCGGUCGAGUGGCCCACGGAACAGAAGGCUGGAGAGAGGAGAGGGGGGGGGGGGGG